GCGUCCUCAGUUGACAGAGCGAGCGCUUGCUCUUGACGUCUGUGCGCUCAGUGCCCAUGUGCUGUACUAGAGGCACCGGACUAUAUAUCGGGGUUCUUGUAAGCAGCAAUGAAGGCAUUCCUGCACCAACCCUCAAAGCAACACCUGAAUAUCCAUUCUACUUUAAAGGAGAAACUGUGACUCUGACAUGUAACACCCAGGAAUAUAGGCAUGCUCACUUUAGUUUUUAUAAAAACUCUCAAUACAUCCCAAGUGAAAACAAGUACACGUAUAAGAUUAAUGCCAUGGAUGACUCUGAUGUAGGGAUCUAUGCCUGUGAUUUCUGGGCUCGCAGUCGUUCUUCUCCGAGAAGUAAUGAAGUCUCAUUAUUCUAUUUUGAUAAAUUACCAUCUCCAGUCAUUUAUCUCGAUCCUUCACGCUCUGUGUACAGCAUGGGGGAGUCAGUCACCAUAGUAUGUUCUCCUCCCAUGAGUAAGGAGGUGAAAAGGAUUACGUUUAACAAGGAGGGAAAUGUCCAACCUUUAAAGGAGGCAAAUGGAAAUACGUAUGUGAUCUCUACAUCUACGAGAGAGGAUGCUGGGAGAUAUUCUUGUACCUACUCUGUAGAAAUACAAGAGAGAUGGGUCACUUCAUUUACUAGUGAUUAUAUAAUAGUGAAUGUGUCUGUUUCAACAGCAAGAACUACAGCAACCACAAAAAUUCCAGAGACAUCUGCACCUGACAUGACCAGCAAGAAAAGGACAAUUGAGUUAUCCACUCCUACACAGAGAAAUAAAGUCACCAAUUCAGCAAUUUCAAUAGCACAGGCUGUAACAACCACAAUUCCACUGACAUCUUUACCUGAUAUGACAGAUAAGACAAGGGAAAUAGAGAUGUUCUCUACAACACAGAGCAAUAAAGUCACCAAUUCAACAAGUUAUUCGAAGGUCCCUUAUCUGAUACAUAUUUAUGGUGGAGGUUUAUUCCUCAUAGUAACCUUUGUACUCAUUAAAGUGUUUUUCUUAAUUUACUUCACACGAAAAAGGCAAAGAGAAGGCACCAUGGUUGAGCUUCCUGUGUCCGAGCCUGACUUGAAAUCAAGUCCCAAUCUGAAGACAAUAGUACAGACAUCUUUAUGUCCCACUUCAUUUCAAGAUAUGGAAGCAGAACAUUUCUACUCAGAAAUUGAAUUACCUAAUGUAAAGGCAGCUUCACCUAUUAUAUCUAUGUAUGCCAAAGCAAAAGCUAUUGAUCCCUUGCCUUCUGUUUAUCAGACAGACUUGACAAGCCAUGCAAGAAAGUAAGAAAUAUCUGUAAAGUUUUGAUAUGUCUAAUAGUGGUAAAAUAAACUAGUAAACAAAGUUAAAAAUUCAAGUUGUUGUGUGAUCACGUCAGUCUUUUUAUAUAUGACUUGUAUGGACAUGAAUAUAUCAGAGUUCUCCCUCUCAAGAUCCCAAUCUAUUACCCAUGCCCACUAGUAGAGAUUAGCAAAUUGAUUUGGAAUAAUCAGUCAUUCUACAUUUUACAAGGUAUGCCUUCUACUCAGUACAUAGUAAUGAAGGGACUCUUGUCAUUUUGACAGGAGUCACUGCUUUGUUCAGUGCACUAUGCAUUAUGCCUUACUGUCAGGCCAAAAGUAGAGAUACUGUACAUCACCACAUAUAUCCUAACACUUGUUAGGCUGGGACCCCUGAAUCCAAAUCCAAUCACCUGCCGAUUUGCAGCAAAUCCUAACCAAACAGAAUUGUAAGGUUUACUCAGUUGCCAACAAAAAGUAGCAUUAGUGUACCUACCUGGCUACGCUAUAUUUCCUUUGAGAGGAGUGCCGCAAGGGAAAUGUAUAGUUGGCUGCAGUCUUCACAGUCCAACUGUCAGCUGUUACAAGGCUAUUAUUGUGGUGUCCCUUAUUCAUUGUCACUGUGUUUCAAUAUAAUGUCAUUUUAAUGUUUACUGUUUUAAACAAAAAAGUUAAAAUUCUAAAGCUUAUUAAAUAUUGAAAAUAAAAGUGAACUAGUCGUAAUCUUAAUGGUCUCUAUCAAUCUUACCUGUGG